AACAAGAAGUUUGGAGUUUUGCAGCACUUCUGGGCUUACAGACCGAAAGCCGGGUCGGGGGCGGAGCUUGACAUGCGCAGUGGACGCUGAGCGAUUUCGUAGUUGACACCGGAGCGACGCAUAGUGGUGUGUGUUGAACUUGAAGAAUCACUAGAAACCAGGUCAAUCUUAGUCCCAACAACAACAAGUGGGGCCAUAAAGCCUCCCCCCCUUUAUCCUGAUAACAUCUCCUCUGGCGCUGCGAUAUUUAGCAGCCACGAAAAUGGCCACAACAGCAGAUACCCUGCCCAACGGAACAGGGCCUUUGUAUGACGGGAAGGAAGACACCCUCAGGCCAGAUGAUUUGUCUGAGAUGUUGGCAGCCGGGACGAAAGAUGUUCAUGAAAAAGCAGAAAACACACAAUUUGUGAAAGAUUUCCUCAAGGGACGAAUCCGUAAGGAGCUCUUUAAGCUUGGAGCAGUAGCUCUUUACUACACCUAUACAGCUAUGGAGGAGGAAAUAGAAAGGAACAAGGACCACCCCCAUUUUGCCCCUCUUUAUUUCCCAUCCGAGCUGCACCGCCACGAGGCCCUAGCCCGUGAUCUUGAGCACUUUUAUGGCCCAGAAUGGCAGAGUCUCAUCAGCUGUUCCGAGGCCACCCAACACUACGUGGAUCGUAUCCACCAAGUCGGCCAUGAAGACCCCGUGCUGCUGGUGGCCCACGCUUACACCCGCUACAUGGGCGACCUGUCCGGAGGCCAGGUGUUGAAGAAGGUGGCGCAGAGGGCCUUGAAGCUCCCCCAGACGGGAGAGGGUUUGGAAUUCUACCAGUUUGACGCCAUCGAUAGCGCUAAAGCUUUCAAGCAGCUGUACCGUAGUCGCAUGAACGAGCUGGAGCUGGACGUCGUGACAAAGAAGAUGCUGGUUGAGGAGGCGGUCAAGGCCUUCCAGUUCAACAUGGAGGUUUUUGAGGAGCUGGAGAAAAUUGGUGAAACCUUCCAGGAGGAGGUUUCAGACACCGGCAUGCCCGUCCAUGGAGCUAUGGGAGGCGACAUCAGCAAGUGUCCCUACUAUUCUGCUAAAAUGACGGCGACGGGUGGAACAACGUACGCGUGCCAGCUGGCCAUGGCUGUAAUGCGGCAUCCGACCGGUCAAGUUCUGAUCGCGACGUGGUUUGCAGCUUUAGCUGGACUGGCGGCUUGGUAUCUGAUGUAAGAGGAAGAACACGCUGAAGGAUGGGCACAGUAAGAACGAUCUCCAGACUCGAGACCAUUUCAUGCAAACAUUUGAGGGGGUUUAAAGUUGUGUUAUUUUAGUAAAAAUAUCUGGAUCUUUCACUUCAGGACCAUAUUGACCCCAUCCAUACUUUUUAUUUUUUCUACCUCCUUUGCACCAUCCCAACCAUAAUCCGUCAUUUGUACAAACUAUGCAUAUGUUAUAGAUGAGGUUUCUUCACAAGUGUGCUGCACAGGGUCUCCAUUUGACUCAGGAAAGAACUAGUAAAAAAAGUGAUAUAACAACGGUUUAUUUCUCAUAUUAAAAGUCUUAAAAUACUGUAUUGUUUUACUUUAACACAGUAAAAGUCAAUUUAUUAGCUGCUAAAAGGUUCGCAGCUCCCUUUAUGAUUCCAACUUGGGCCAUAAAUGUUUUGUUCUAAUGCAUUGUGAGACAUAGCUGGAAUGUAACUGCUAAAAAAAAACAUAGCAUAGCUGUAUUUCCUCAUUUAGUAGCCUGGGAGGUUUGUAUACUCUUCUACAGAGAGUACAAGGUAUGUAUUGUAAAGGUUUUUAUUUGUAAAAGUAACAUUUUUGUAUGACAUAUUCCCACG